AUGGAACGUAAGCUGAAAUCCCUCACCGAUGCUGUGCAGCUCAUUCAAACUGCCGAAAUCAUUUCCAAAACUACUCAGACUGUCGUAUCUGAGUGGGCCAAAGAGGCAGAGGCCUCUGGUGGCUCGACAACCUCAGGAACCCUUCCCAGUCAUGAGCUCUUUAAUGCUCAACGAACCAUUGCGGCUGCCUUGGGAAAAUUAGCCGAGCUUGUGACGGAGCCUAGUGUGCGGAUCCUUGAGGUCGCGACACAGUUUCAAGAAUCCCGUGCGCUGUAUAUCGCUGCGGAGCGGCGGAUUCCCGAUAUCCUGGCCCCUCACGAUCAACAGGGUGGACUGUCCGUCACAGAGAUCAGCGAAAAUGCCAAGAUUGAGCAUCGCAAGCUUUCUCGUAUCUUAAGAUACCUAUGUUCAAUCGGAAUUUUCCGUCAAACGGGUGUGGAAAAGUUCGCGAACAAUACCAUCUCUGCGGCAUUGGUCUCUAACGAACCAUUGAGAGCAUAUGUCCAGCUCGUUAACAGUGAAGGCUUCACGGCAUCGGAUCGCCUGCCUAAAACUCUAUUGGACCCGGAAACAGGUCCCUCCUAUGAUGUGGCCAAGACCGCAUGGCAGGAUGCCGUCGGUACUACCAAGACACGAUGGGAGUGGGUGGAGGAAAGAGUACCAGAAGACAAACUCAUCGAGACCGGUGGCCACUACCCCGGGAUUCCAAGUCUUGUAUUGGAGCCCCAGACGCCAGGGGAGGAUGGCUUGGUUUCAAGGCCUGAGCUGGAGAUCAUGGGUCUCUCCAUGGUUGGUGGCGGGCGAGUGUUCGGCGCUGCCCAUGUGUACGACUUCCCAUGGGGUUCACUUGGAAAGGCUCUGCUUGUCGACGUCGGCGGUGGUGUUGGCGGAUUCCCGCUCCAGCUAAGCAAAGUCUACCCCGACCUUCGUUUCGUCGUCCAGGAUCGGGGCCCAGUGGUCAAGCAGGGCCUGGAACGCUUCUGGCCAAAGGAGAAUCCAUCGGCUUUAGAAGCUGGCCGGGUCCAGUUCUUGGAGCACAGCUUCUUCGACAAGAAUCCCGUCGAGGGAGCGGAUGUUUACUAUCUCCGAUAUGUCCUCCACGAUUGGUCUGACGAGUACUGUGUCCAAAUUCUGUCCCGCAUCCGCGAGAGCAUGGCCGCCCAUUCCCGCUUGUUGAUUUGUGAACAAGUGAUGAACACUACCACGGGCGACCCGGACUUGACCUCAGCACCAGCUCCUCUCCCGGCAAACUACGGCUACCAUGCUCGUUUCAGCCAUAGCCGAGACUUGACCAUGAUGUCCUGUAUUAACGGUAUUGAGAGAACCCCGGCAGAAUUCAAAGUGCUUCUCAGGGGUGCUGGACUGACACUGAAGCGUAUCUGGGAGUGCAGAAGUCAAGUCUCCUUGCUGGAGGCUGUCUUGUCAGAAGAUGCGAGCCAAAAUGUCUAG